CCUUCUCGACGGGCAUUGGCCGGGCAGCUUUGCACACGCUCCUCCAGCGGAGUCCUCCCAGGUGCCACUGUGUGCGCCCCACCGGGAGGGAGCGAGCGGCCUUGGCUCUUCAACCCCACCUCUUCUCGCGCGGCCGCCAUUUUGAUCCCCGAGUUCUCCAGGCGGGCGGAGCAACAAGUUCCACGCCCAGCGCUGUGGCGAGGGAGGCGAAAAUGGCGGCGGCUCGUCUCUGCUGAGGCGGCCCGGCCCUGCUGAGGCGGCGAGGCGAAGGCGGGCGAGGCAGAGACUCUUCCCAUCCUCCUCGGAACCUCCUGCCUUCCUUUCAGAUCUUUUAAAAUUGCAUGAUGUGUGAUGAGUUGGAGAUUCUUAACAGGGAGAUUGAGAGGUUAUUACAAAACAGCACCGUGGAAGGAGGCUCUUUAAACUCAGAAUCUCUUCAACCAGCAACCUCUGAUUCCGGGGAUGUAGCCACUGCUUCAGGCAAUGAAGCACAAGGCAGUUUAGUGAAGGCAGCCUUAUUGAGUGGACCACUGAUGGUUUCGGAGUUGUCAAGAUGGCAUCCAGAGGAACACUGUGCUUCUGACUUCCCCAGAGCAGCCUGUGCUGUAGACAUUCUGCAGAGUGACUCUAUCUGUCUUCUGCCCUCCAGUGAUACUUCCUCUGGUUUAAGUCAACAGGCAGAAAAAAUCUCAGCAACCUCUAAUGCUGUGUCAGAGGUGAAAUCUGGGAACAGUAAGACCACUUCUAUGGACGAAUCUGUGGCACUGGAGUCUGAGUCUAAUAUGGAAAACACUUCUAUUGCAUCAGCUUUGGAUGACAAAGGUGAACAAAGCAAUGAGGAUGAACAAAAAGCAAUUAAACCAACUAGUAAGGAGUUUAAGAAAACAUGGGGGUUUCGGAGGACUACAAUUGCGAAGCGUGAAAGUUUAGGGGAUGCUGACAUGGACAUCACUGAGCAGCCAUCUCCACAGCAGCAAAGCCUGGCUCUUAGGCGUAGUGGCCGACAGCCCAAACGCACUGAACGGGUUGAAGAAUUUCUUACAACAGUUAGGCGCAGAGGAAGGAGGAAUCUUCCUACAGCUCUUGAGGACUUGAGUGAACCAGCAUCUUGCCAUGUAACUGAUGUUGAAACUGCUUCUGAAGGUAGUGUAGAAAGCAUGCCAGACACAAAAACCACUACUCAGAAGUGCCACUUGAAGGACAGCAAAGGCCAGUCAGCUCGGAAAGGUAGAACCACAAAAGAACAGGAGGAGGAGGAGGAGGAGGAUGAUACAUCUGACAGUGACAGUGAUGGAUUAACAUUAAAAGAACUACAGAAUCGUCUAAGAAAGAAACGUGUUGAGCAGAAACCUACAGGACUAACACUGAAAGAAGUCCAGAAUCGCCUCAGGAAAAAGCAUAACGAACAAAAUCCUACUGAGACAGUUGAUAUCCAGGCAGGCAAUCAAAAGCUUGAAAUGGCUGUAAAGCAAGAAUCUGAAAGUUCAGAUAAUACUGAGACUGGACAGUCAAUAGCUGUUUCCAAGGAAGCUACUGAAGCAGUUCAAGCUAAGAGAGAAAUAAAGCCAACUAUGCAGACAAAUGAUGAACCUGAAGAAUCCACAAAGCGCAAAUCAGAGUGUGAGGUUUAUGAUCCUGGUACUCUGUAUUGCAUUUGUCAGCAACCUCACAACAACAGAUUUAUGAUUUGUUGUGAUAGAUGCGAGGAGUGGUUUCAUGGGGACUGCGUAGGGAUUUCAGAGGCUCGUGGAAGACUGUUAGAAAGGAAUGGAGAGGACUAUAUCUGUCCAAAUUGCACCAUUCUCCAGGGUCAGGAUGAGACAGUUACAGAAGCAGGACAUCAAGAAACCAUGUUGGGACAGGUAACGGCUGAUGGCACAGAGCUCACAAGCAUAGGAACUGUUGAGCAAAAGUCUAGUGAAGAUCAAGGCAUCAAGGGUCGGAUUGAAAAAGCUGCAAAUCCCAGUGGAAAGAAAAAACUUAAAAUAUUUCAGCCAGUGGUUGAAGAGCCCGAAGCAGCCAGAUGCAUUGGCCCUGGUUGUUCAAAUGUGGCCCAGCCAGGUUCUGUGUACUGCGGUCAUGAAUGUAUUCUCAAACAUGCUGCAGCCACCAUGAAGUUUCUCAGUGAAGGCAAAGAACAAAAACCAAAAGACAAGAUAAAACAAAAAGCUGAACGAUCGGUUAUCCUAAAACCUCAACCUCCAGCAGGUACCAAACCUCUAUCUAUGCAGAAGAGACCAGCUCCUGAGAAAAGAGAGAUUACCAUGAAGAAAACAGUGGUGACAGCAAGCCUUAAGACUGAAGCAAAUACUCAGACAGUUGCUAAAGAGCCAACCCCAGAAAGCAGCACACCAUCCUGGGCAAGCGAUCAUAAUUAUAAUGCAGUAAAGCCAGAAAAGACUCCUGCCAUUUCAUCAACACUGUUGUACAAAUCACAAAAGGAAGAGCGGAAAAAUGAGGAUAAACCAGCAGAAUCUUCUAUGGGAUCAAAGAAAAUUGUUGAGAAACCGAUGUCUUCCCAAGCUAGAAAUCUGUCUCAAAAGAAACCCGUUGUGUUUACUAGUACUUCACUAACUAAGCACCCAGUUAAACACUCUGCUGCGGACUUCAAAGGGGUAAUACCUAAGAAAUCCUCACUUUCAGCUGGUACACCUACAUCAAGCAAUGUGUCUUCAUUGAAGCCUUCACCUCUGUCCUAUGGUACAUCCUCGGUUUCUAAAAAAACAAAUGCCUCUUCUAGCAUAGGUGGAGGUCUUAAGAGGCCCAUGAUGUCUUCCUCUUCUCCUUCAUCAACUUCGACACAAGCAAAAUUGGCAGCAGGUAUCAAUCAAUCACAACCUCUCUCUCAGAUUCGACAGAAUAUACGAAGAUCUCUUAAAGAGAUUCUGUGGAAAAGAGUAAAUGAUAGUGAUGAUCUGGUCAUGACAGAGAGUGAAGUGGGGAAGAUUGCACUAAAUAUUGAAAAGGAGAUGUUUAAUUUGUUCCAAGCUACAGACAAUCGGUAUAAGAGUAAAUAUCGCAGCAUUAUGUUCAACCUCAAGGACCCCAAAAAUCAGGGGCUUUUCCAUCGUGUUCUUCGAGAAGACAUUCCUUUGUCAAAGCUAGUAAGAAUGAAGCCAGAAGAACUUUUAUCCAAAGAGCUAUCUAUGUGGAAAGAAAAACCAGCCAAAUCAAUAAUGGCAUCUAGUAGACGUAAAUCUUUUGAAAACAAAAAAACUGCUGUAAGACAAGAACCCAUCCCAGAUGUUAACAUGGAAGAUUCCCCACCAGUGUCUGACUCUGAUGAACAGCAAGAGUCUGAUCGAGCAGCCCCUGAGAAAAGCAGUGCCCCACUUCUGGAUGUUUUCAGUAGUAUGUUAAAGGACACGACCAGUCAGCAUCGAGCCCAUCUUUUUGACCUAAAUUGCAAAAUCUGUACAGGCCAGAUUUCGGCAUCUGAUGAAGAACCAGCUUCAAAAAAACCAAAAACAUCCGUUAAAAAGGCAGAACCAAAGCCAGAAACAAAGUCCAAAUCUGAAAGCUCAACACCAACCGAUGAUGUAGAGAUGACAAAAGAAGAACUAGAAAUUGCUCCAGAACCUGUUGUUGGAGCUACAGCUGAAUCCAUUCCCCAGCCAAGCCUGGAAAGAACCUAUGUUCCUUUAACACAAGGGCAAACUAACCCAGAAUCUUCUCUAUCCAAUGAGAGCAAUCUCUAUCCUGCAUCUUAUGCUGGUGGAGUUGUUACUACUGUGACAGUUUCUGGCAAGGACCCCAGAACAGCCAUGAGCACUUCAUCUACCUCUGCUUCUGCUGUGAUUUCUGCAUUGCAUCCAGUUCCCACACCUGACAAAGUUUCUGUGGGAGAGAGUAAGCCAGAACUGUCAAGAUCUGUUUUACCAGCUCCGAAGUCUAUAUUAACAAAGCCAUCAUCUUCAUCAGACCCACGAUACUUGGCAGUUCCACCAUCACUAAAUGUCAGUGUUUCAGAGAUACAGUCCCCUCAAGAAGGUGAUACUUCCCUCUUUCUCUCUCGUCUCAGCACCAUUUGGAAAGGUUUUAUCAACAUGCAAAGUGUGGCCAAGUUUGUCACCAAAGCAUACCCUGUUUCUGGGUGCUUUGACUACCUCAAUGAGGAUUUACCAGAUACAAUUCAUAUUGGAGGGAGGAUCUCACCGAAGACAGUGUGGGAUUACAUUGGCAAACUUAAAUCUUCUGUGUCAAAGGAAUUAUGUUUGAUUCGUUUCCAUCCUGCAACAGAAGAGGAGGAAGUUGCAUACAUUUCUCUCUACUCAUAUUUUAGCAGUCGUGGCCGAUUUGGGGUUGUAGCUAAUAACAACAGACAUGUCAAGGAUCUCUAUUUGAUUCCUCUCAGUGCUAAGGAUCCUAUUCCAUCUAAACUUUUGCCCUUUGAGGGACCAGGUCUUGAAGCAACACGUCCAAACUUAAUUCUUGGAUUGGUGAUCUGUCAAAAAGCUAAACGUCCUGCAGCUGUAUUAGAAUCUGAAAAGAUGGAAGAAAAAAGAAGCAGAAUUCAGCUGCAGGAAGAAACUGAAGUACCUGGGUAUCCUAAAGGUACUAUACAUUCUCAACAAGAGAAGAAAACUCCAAAAUUUUCUCUCUAUUCUGGAGACACAGCUACCACUGCAACACCACCUGGAUCUCCACCACCUCCACCCCCAAAUCCCCCUUCAGAGCCAACUUCAGCAGUAACACCUUCUGUGCUAAAAAUACUGUCUUCAAUUAAAGCAGGAAGCUCUACCAGUGUUGCACCAUCAAAUGUUUCAGUAUCAGGAACUAGCAUACCUACCCCAGCUUCAAAAUCAUCCACGCCACUCGAUCACAUCCUGCAAACUCUAUUUGGGAAAAAGAAAUCUUUUGACCCUGUUACCAAAGACUCUGAAGGUGCUCAGACUUCAAAGCCUGAAGCUCAAACUAUUGAUGAAGGAUUACCAGUUGCUCCUUUAUUAGAUCCCAUUGUGCAGCAAUUUGGGCAGAUGUCAAAAGAAAAAGCUAUAGAAGAGGAAGAAGAUGAUAGACCUUAUGACCCUGAGGAAGAGUAUGCCCCAGAGAGAGCUUUUGAAAUACAGAGUGGUGAAAGUGGCCUUGAAAAACAAUGUGAAACUUCAGAGCAAGAGGAUGAGGCCUAUGACCCAGAAGAUGAAACUAUCUUAGAAGAGGCAAAAGUUACUGUGGAUGAUUUACCUAAUAAAAUGUAUUCUGAAUCUAAAAAUAACUCUUUGUCCACAUCUGCUUCAUUUGUGCCUGAUAUAUCAGCUCCAACAUCUUUGGUAGAACAACAAAAGAUGUUAGAAGAAUUAAAUAAACAAAUAGAAGAACAGAAAAGGCAACUUGAAGAACAAGAAGAAGCCCUCAGACAACAAAGAGCAGCUGUUGGUGUAUCAAUGGCUCAUUUUUCAGUAUCUGAUGCUUUAAUGUCACCUCCUCCAAAAUCAUCCAUAGCGAAAACAGAGUUAUUCCAACAUGAAAAACAAAGUACUGAAAAAACGGAGUUGCCUACAUCAAGUCAAACUCAAGUGUUAAGUCAGGGAAGCGACCCUAGACAAAGUAGAGAUCCCCGACAAGCAAGAAGGAUUAUAACUGAGUGUAAUGAAAAUGCUGACACUCAUUUAAAGUCACAAAUUAUACAGGGAGAAUCCUCUACAGGAGAAAUUCUUCCAUCUAGCUAUUCGGGUCCAUUGCAAACUUCAUUUGACAAAGAAGAGAAAACAGUUAUUUCUGUUACUCAGUCAGGUUAUGAUACAUGGAUUAUAGGUGACAAAAGUUCUUCUCUGGCUGAGCAAGAUGUGCCUGCUAUCAAGUUUGAAAAUGUCACACAAGUUCACCAAGAAACUAUAAAUAAGUCUGCUUCAACUGAAACAUCUACAACUGCACCUAUUCGUAAAGUACUGCUGCCAACACCUCCUAACCCAUGUUUCCUCCCGUGUUUUUCUGGACCCAAUGAUAUUUGGUCAAAAGAAUCUCAGGACAAUAAUGCUCCAGGAGCAGGAAGAGAUUCUUUUUCAAGUUCCAUAUUCACAUCUCAAGAGAAGGGUCCUGGUCAGUUUGAAGCAGAAAGGGCCCCCUCUUCAUUGCAAUAUGAAGACCAAAGAAAUCCCCAGUCUUGCCACUUUUUCAAACAAAUGGAAUCUCCCCCAAUUCAAAGUGGAGAGGAAAGAGGUGGGCCAUCAUUUUCUUCUCAAGGGCAAAAAAAUGGCCCUCCUCCACUAAUGUGUGGUGCUCCUGAUUUUCAUGGACAGAGGGCCCCUCUGCCGCAGUUUACUGAAGGGCAUAACCCUCCCCCAAAUAAUGAUGGACAAAGGGGGCCUCCGCCAAACAGGUUUGGAGCCCCAAGAGCACCUAUUCCCUCAUUAUUUUCUGCACAGCAUGGACCAGCACCUCUCUUUGGUGAUAACAGGGGCCCUUCACCAUCUUUUCCUGGUGGGCCAAGAGAAAUGUCACCAUCUCAGUUUGAAAAUCAUAAGGAACCUCACAUUGAACACAGGGAAUUUCCAGAUUCCCAGUAUCAUGAGAUGGUAGGACCUCCUGGACAAUUUGAAGGACCUGAACCAUCCCAGUUUAUGGGAAAUAGAGGACCUUCGUCUUUUUCUUUUGGGGGUCAAAGAAGGCCUCCACCAAAUCAGUUUAAAGGUCAAAGAGGAGGCCCAACACCUCAGUUUGGAGGGCCAAGAGGUCCAGCACCUAAUAGUUUGGGCGGUUCAAGAGGUCCUCCUCCAAAUCAAUUUGAAGGACAAAGAGGACCUGCUCCAGGUCACAUGCCAGGACCAAGGGGACUUUUGCCAUCACCAUUUGAGGAACGGAGAGGGAGCUCACCACCCCGAUUCCCAAACCAGAGGGGCCCAGCACCACAUCAGUUUGGAGGACCAAGAGGACUUGCACCUGGACACUUCCCAGAAAAAAAUGAACCUCCCUCUAAUAGAGUUAAUUUUCCAGGACAGUCUCAGCAAGGUAUGAAGCCAGCCCCCAGACCACUCUUGGAUCUUCCAAACCAUCCGCCCCAGCAUAGGAAAGAGAUGUGGGAUGAAACUGGACCGUCUGCCUCUCAUCCUAAUAAUUCAGGACAAGGAUCUGAGUCAGAAGCACAGUGGCCAGCAUCUGAUUUCCGAGAUGGUCGAAGUAAUGAAUAUAGAGCUCAGGCUUUUGAAGGGAGACAGAGAGAGAGGUUUGAAGGGAGUAAUAAGGAAAAAGUAUUAGAACAGCCUGCUGUCCAACAAUCAGACAACCGACCAAACAGAGGAACUGAUGAUAGACGAAGGGAUCGUGACCAUAGUCGGCCUUGGGAAAGGGACCGUGGCAGAAAUUGGAACAGGGGUAGGGAAAGGGAUUGGGAAAGACACAGAGAAAAAGACUGGGAUAAAAACAGAGAUAGAAACUACAACAAAGAGAGGGAAAGAGAUUCAGAACGGGGAAAAGACUGGGAAAGAAACAGAGACAGAGCCCGAACAAGAGAAGGGGAUUCUUACAGAAGGAGAGAAAGAUCAAGAAGCAGAGACCGUGAUCAUGACAGAUUUAGGGACCGGGACCGAGCUCGAAGUAGGGAGAGAGAAAAAGAUAAAGAAAGGGAUAGGGACCGUGAAAAAGAUAGAGCAAGAGAUCGCAAAGACCGGAGCAAAAGUAAGGAAUGUGAUAAAGACUCUAAGCCAGAAACACAAACAGGUGGCCAAAGGUCAUCACAUGCAGAAAAUGCUCCUUCCACUAAACAGACAUAGCGGGGGAAAGGACAAUAAUGAGUCAAACAAAGGCAAUUGUAUGAAUUGACUCUGGACUUGUACAUAUUGUAUAUUUUGGUUAGAAAAACACUUUGGUAAAACCUGUUUCACAAAAAUUAAAAAAAAAUUGAACUGUAAAUGCAGAUGUUAAGAAGAUACAUGCUGGACUUGCUACAUUUUUGUUCAUAGUGCUUUCUUACAAAAAUAUAUAGGGCACAAUCCUCUGCAUGGGUGCACUGUGCUUAUGCACACAGAGAUUCUCAUAGGACUUAACAAAGCCCUAUUUUCUCCCCCUUCCUUUGCACUAUGUGCUUGGAUAUGCACACAAGCAGAUUGCCCUCUCCGCAGUUUUCCAUAAUGGCUUGUUGCAUUGCCUGUUGGGGAGAAACGGGUCAGCUGAGCUCUAUGGGGAUCCUUUCAUAUACAGAUAUUGCACCUACAUGGGAAAGGAUCAUACCUAUAACGUUUAGAAUUCUAAAAUGUUGAUUUUUUCAUAUUCUUCCUUUAUCUUGAAAUUUCCAUUUAUAGAUUAAAAAUGGAAAGUGUCUUCAAAGAGCACAUUGCUUUUUAAAGAUAUAAAGUUAUGUUUUCCAAUAACUUGAAUUGUAAUUUUAUGAUAAUUUAAGUAAAAUAUUAGAAGCCAUACCUUUACAUCUCAAAUAUAUAGUAUUGGUGUUUCAGGUAGUUCCUACAUAUGUAAAAGCCCAAUAUUUGUGACCUAAGCUAAUCUAAUUAGGCUGGAUUUUGUGUACUGUAUUUAAUAAAUGGUUUCUGGGGAGCAGUGUUACUAUUUAUUUGUAACUGACAGAGUAUUUGAAAAAGAAAUGUUAAGCUUCUAAGUUCAUUGGCUGACAUCCAGGCUAACACUGCGCUCAUGCAGCAGUACUAACACCCAGACUACUGCUAUACCAGCAGGCAAAGAGCUGGUUUUCAACUACCUUUCCUCUGAAGCCCACUGUGCAUCCCAAAAAUAUGUCCCUGGGGGCUGUACAACCUUUAGGGGCAUAUAUUUGUGAUGCACAUUGGGUUUUAGAGGAAAGGGGAGAUAAUUGAGAAUAACCCCUUCACCUGCACACACAAUAGGAUAGCAGUAAUCUGGAUGUUAGCACUGUUUGUUGCACAAGCACAAUGUUAGUCUGCAUGUCAGCCAUCUUUUUGUGUGUGGGCAUUUUGAGUUACAGACUUCACCUGGUAAAGGUUCAGGCAAAAAAUGGAUAUCUCUAAACAAGUAACUACUGUUCAGGUGAGUAAAUGGUUUUAAAUUUUGCAUUUUUCUGAAAACUGACAUCUGUAUACAAUGGAACGAAGCUUUUUAAAACUUGCUUAUUGGAAAACAUUUUAUAGAUUUUUUGAAAUGACUGACCAAGAAGGGGGAAAUAGCAGAACUAAUCCUUCAGUUGUAUCUAUUAAUUGCAGAACUGAGUAUUAUCCUUAAAGCAAUCUGGCUUUUCCUGUAGUUUUCAGUAAAGAUCAAUAAACUAUAGUCAGAGAUCAUUUCAGCCAAAAUUAGCACUUUAUUUCCAUUGAUUUAUGUGGGAGAGUUGUCAACAUGUUUUCUUCCAUCGUCAUCAAAUACUUAGUGCUUAAUUUUGGAUGGAAUGUGCCUUCAGUCCAGUUCUGUCAAAUUCGUGACUAUCUAGAUGAUAUGGGAUGUCAAUAUUUGUGCAGGUUGGAGUGAUAAAACCUAUAAUUCUGUACCUUAAAGGGAGAACUUUUCACUAUGAAAUGCAGUAUAGCAUUAUUUUUCAUGUAUUCUUCAUGUUCAUAAUUCUAAAGACUGCAUAGAAAAAAAUUACCAGUUAAGCUGGGUUUAUACAUUUACUGUUAGGCAGUUAUGUCACUAUUUUUAUAAACAUUUUGCAAGUAUAAAAGUAGAUAAAUAUUUGCAUUUUGAAAUCUGCAUUACAAAUAGUCCUAACCCAUAAGUCAUUACAGUUUUACUUUAUAGUGGUACAUCUUAGUCUUUAAACAUCAGGAACAUAUUGAUUUAAAAACAUUGGUCUAUAUGCAAAACCCUUUUGCAAAAUAUUAAAGAUGUGGUAUAGAAUACAACUAUCUACUAUGAUGUAAUUUUUUAUUCAAGAUGUUUCUAACUUAAAGACAUACAUGUAAAUAUGCAAAAUCAAGUGUUUGUUUAGGUUUACUUGACAGAGGUUUCUGUAAAUUGUAUUUUAUAUUUCAGAAUAUAUCAUUGUACAUUGAAUGUGGGACUUCAUAGGUUUUUGUUACUGUAAGUAAAAUAAACAUCUUCAGAAAGCUUU